AUGGUAGAGAAGUUUUUAGAAAAGUUUUAUCCCCCCAGUAAGGCGAUUAAGAGGCAACAUGAGAUCAUUGCCUUUCAGAUGAACCCUGCGGAGAAUAUCAGAGAAGCAUGGGCGAGAUUCAAAGCCUUGAUGAAGCGAUGUCCCAACCAUGGGUUAACCCCGACAGUUCAAGUCAUUACAUUUUUUAAGGGAUGCGUGCCUGAAGCACAACGGGAGUUGAACUUGAGCUCAAGCGGUAAUUUUCUCAAGAAAGGAGUGAAUGAAGCCAUGGAAGUGAUUGAGGAGCUCGCAUCUAAUGACGAAGGAUGGAGCAACGAAAGGAGUAAGGUGCAUAGAGUGGCUUCUACUACAGAUCAUAAUCCUAUGAGUGCCCUAUCCGACAAGUUGGAUGCGUUGACCAUGAAAUUUGAUUGCAUGAUAAUGGGGAAACCUUCUCAAGAGCCCCAAGGAAGUAUGGAGGACGUGAACUAUGUGAAUCAAGGGGGCAACAACAGGUACUACAAUAAUCCACGCCCUAACUUUCAUGGUGGAGGAUAUAAUCAGUACGGGAACACGGGGCAUCCCAAUCUCUCUUAUGAGAACCACAAUAAUGCUCUGCAACCACCCCCAGGGUUCACAGUUACUGAUGGAGUGGUUAAUGAUUCGAAGAAGAUGACCACGGAAGACAUACUCAAGUCUUUCAUGCUACAGUCCAACAAGCUCAUGGAGCAGAACAAUCAAAGGAUGGAGAAAGUUGAGAAAGAUGUGCAAAGUAUAGUCACCCAUCUGAAGUUCGUAGACACACAGCUGAGCCAGAUUGCUCAGGCUGUGAGUAUGAACCACAAGCCUGGGCAGUUCCCAGGCCAGCCAAAUGAGAAUUCGAAAGGAUGUAUGGCCAUCCAUCUGAGGAAUGGCAAGACGUAUGAAGGCCCAUCUCUGUCUGAGACCACGAAGGACGCUAUUCUUGAGCCUAAGCCUGCCGUGGCAGAGAAACUGAAGGGCAAGAUAACUGAACAAAGAGACAUUGGAGGCACUUCUGGAGUGAAGGUGCCCUUACCUGAAGCACUGAAGCAGAAGACAAAGAAGGAUGAGCAGUUUGCUCGAUUCCUAGAUAUAUUCAGGAAGGUGCACGUGAACAUCCCACUGAUUAAGGCACUACAGCAGAUGCCGAAGUAUGGGAAGUUUUUGAAGGAGGCGAUAGCCCAAAAGACCAGUUGGGGGCAGGUAGACACUAUUAAUCUAACUGAAAAUUGCAGUGCUCUGCUGCAAAGGAAACUGCCGGCCAAGCUGAAGGAUCCUGGAAGUUUCACUGUCGACUGCCUCAUUGGGGGCUAUAAGGUGGAGAAUGCUCUUUGCGAUCUAGGCGCGAGCAUUAAUCUAAUGCCACUAUCGGUGUUCAAGCAAAUGAACAUUGGUACUUUGAAGCCCACCUCAGCCACACUACAGAUGGCAGACAGAUCUGUCGUGUAUCCAAAGGGCAUCGUGGAAGACCUACUGAUUAAGGUCGGGGAAUUUAUUUUUCCCAUCGACUUUAUGGUCUUGGACAUGGAAGAAGACAAGGAAGUCCCCCUACUGCUAGGACGUCCCUUCCUUGCCACUGCUGAGGCAAAUAUAAACGUGAAAAAGGGAGAGUUGACAAUCUUCAUGGGAAAAGAAAGUCAAACGUUUUCCCACAAACCGAGAAGCAUGGAUGGAAGAACUGAGGAGUGCAAGGUGGUGCGUCUGAAGCACCAAGUGACUACUGAAGAAGGAGGAUCAAGUGCAGUCAGAAAAGUGAAGCAGAAGGACUUUUAUGAGCUUCACAUGGAGAUGAUGGCUUCCAUUGACUCGGAGCCAAUAACAUGGAUCGAUGCAGACCAUAGUCGCCCUUCACCGGUGCACGCGGUGAUCACUACUGAACCCCCUAGGAUAGGGGGAGCCUAUCCCGAGAGAGCCUGA